AUGGCCCCUCGAGCAGCCCAGGUCUCCACUGCAGAAGCAGAAAAUUUGGGAGAGCCCGACACGGAUGAAUACCACGACCCAGAGGAUCAAGAGGCCCAUACAUCCGACUCUGGCCCUAAAGAAUCCGACGCGGCCACCAUGUCAGAGGACGAGGUCGACCAGGAAGACGCCCGAGCAUCUACCCCCGUACCUGUGCCACCCCCCAAGCGUGGGCGAGGACGCCCGAAAAAAAAACUAGUCUCUAUUGCCGCCUCCGAUGAAGAACAUGCCCCCACUGGGCCUGCAAAAAGCCAAGGACCUGCAAAGCGCACCAAACGGCAAUCCAAACCUACCAUGAAAAAAUCGGAUGCUGCUCAUACCGCCCCAGAAAAAGACCAGUUGGAAAAAGAGCUAAGCCGCAUACAAAACCAAUACAAAGCACUCAAAAAGGCCAUGGCCGCCCAGAAACAUAAUGGAGGAUCGCAGCAAGAUGACGACGCCGAAAAUGAAAGCGAAGAAGAGAUGUUUGAUAAUCCAAAUUCAUUCUCUAGCUCAGUCAAAGUGGUGCCCUACACCCACACCGAGAAAGAAAACCGCCCUCCGCUUAUCCGCGUCAAACCUCAAGCUGCCCACGCCGGCAAGUUAUCGAAGCGCCUGUCACCCCAUGCAUACAAGGCAUUACCGCCAGUCCAAGCCCACUCUGCACACCCCAUGGAAGACGUCCAUGACACGCCAACCAUUCAUGGCCCAACCAAACCUGGCAAGAGGUCUCGCGACGACGAUGACGAUGCCACCGGAGCACAAAAACGCUCGCGUAACGAUGUCCAGGACGACAGUGAUGAAGAACAUCCCGAACGUGAGCAUGGAGCGACGGGCGAAAAGCCUAUGAUACCCCAGCUCAAAGAGGGGGUGGUUCUAAUUCCUGGACGCAGGCUGAAGGCGAGUGACUACGAAGACGUUGCGCGCGCAUUAAUCAACAGGGCCGCACACGAAUUCGAAGUCUUGGUGAGCACCCAGAAUUCUUUGCCCUCAUCCGAGUUGCGCUUCCAAUGGGCCGAACGGUGCUGGCGGAAUGCCUGUCUGGCCAGCCAGGAAAACUAUGCUAUCACCGAAGGCAUUAGCUCCAUCGCAAGUCUACGAAGACGCCCGUCCCGUAUCCGAGGGCAUGCAUUGACAAUCAUACGUAGCUUGGUCGUCAACCUCUUUGGCUUCAAGAAGGGGACGAAGUCUUCGACAAUCGCCCACAAUCGUGACCUCUACACUUUACUGAAAACGGAUGCGGCUUUUCACUACAAGAAUCCUCAUAACAAAACCGGUCAUACGAGAGGGAAAAUCAUUACCGAAACCAUCGAGGCCAUCUGGUUUGACGGACUUACUGGGCCGGGUGUCAUUUAUGCCGCCCAUUUCAACCCCAUCCCAUUAGAAACGCUGGCUUUGGUUCUGACAGUGAUCGACUUUUGCUUGGACGAGUGGAGCAGUGGCACCUUCACCAAAGCGCAUAUGUGGGCGAAGCUCAUUUUCGAACGUCACAAUGCUUUCCGCGAGGUACUCAAGACAUGGGAAGCUAUCAAUAAGGAUGUGGUGCUCGCGAUCCGAAAGAAAAUGUACAAACAUGCCUGUCAGCACGCUGGCUUGGCUCCCCCGUCUUCAAUGCCGACGCUUACUGUAGAGGAUAUUGCUAGAGUCCGUCAGGAGCUUGAUGGACAUUCCGGAGAGACGGAUAGUGAGGAUGAUGACAAUGGUAUGGAAGAAUGA